CUGAUGUCGCGUCACUGAUAUGUACAAACAAACAGACGGACUAUUUCAGCCACCAAGACGAUUUGCAGUACGUGUGCAUAAUACAGAGGUACAGAACAACUGACAACCAUGGGUGACUGUCCGGACCAUCAAGAGCCUGCCUCGGAAGAUCAAGAAGUGCAAGUGGAACAAAAUAUGGGUAACUGUCCGGACCACCAACAGCCCGCAUCUGAUAUCAGCCACAGCAAGCUCCUCUACACCAUAGACAAACCUCCAUCCCCUGUGUUCUGGCCCAUCUAUGGAUUACAGCAAGCGCUUCUGGGAAUAACCGGGGCUUUGUCAGCUGCUGUGUUGAUAACCAAUCAAAUUGGAGCUGGCGAACUACCGGAAGUGAGGUCAGAGAUCCUGAGUCUGUGCCUCUUCACCUCCGGCCUGGCAAGCUUGCUGCAGAUAUGCUUUGGGUGUAGACUGCCACUUGUCCAGGGAUCCAACAGUGCAUUUAUCAUAGCUAUCGCUGCCACCCUGAGUGACCCCAAGUGGUCAGAUGAGUCACUCCGGGAACAUGCUGAAGGAAAUGGGACAUCGCCAUGGAAGAUACGGCUGAGAGAGAUCCAGGGCAACCUGAUGCUGGCUUCUGGAACUCAGUUUCUUCUUGGAGUCUCGGGGAUCCUUGGUUUCAUCAUGAAGUUCAUUGGGCCUCUGACAGUUGCGCCAGGUGUAACCACCCUUGGGGUGACACUCUGUGGGUACAUGAUACCUCUGUGUGAACAACACUGGGGCAUAGCAAGCAUGUCAACGUUUCUGAUCAUAGUGUUCUCACUUUUUCUCGUCAAAGUGAAACUUCCGUUUCCAGCUUAUAAUGGAGAGAAGUGCCACGCUACGUGGUACCCUUUGUUUCAGCUCAACGCUAUGCUUUUAGCACUGGCUGGAUCCUUCCUGGUAUGCCACGUUUUGACUGUGACAGACACAUUGCCUAGCAACUCGACCAUGCAUGGUCACAUGGCCAGAACAGAUGUCAGAAUGAGCGCCCUGUACGAUGCAGGGUGGUUUUACUUCCCUUUACCAUUUCACUAUGGCCCACCAACCAUCAGUGGCUCAGGCUAUGUGUCCAUGUUAACCAUCACUAUGACAAUGGUGAUUCAAAUUCCUGGCGUCUAUCAAACUGUUGCUCGUGGAGCAGAGAUGCCUCCCCCACCCUCCCACGCCAUCAACAGAGGUAUGGCAGUGGACGGGUUGUCUGGCGCUGUCAGCGGCAUGCUGGGGGGCGUGUGUGCAAGUGUUGUUUUCGUGCAGAGCCUGGGCCUUAUCGCUGUCACAAAGGUGGCCAGCCGUGCUGUGUUCAUGACAGCUGCCAUCAUCACCCUCCUCGGGGGCGUCAUUGGCAAGUUCGGAGCUGUCUUUGUUCUUAUUCCUGACCCUGUGAUUGGUGGACUCGGAUUGGUGACUCUUGGAAUGGUUAUUGCCAUGGGCGUGUCCAUGUUCCGGUUAGUGAACCUAGCAUCCUCCCGGAACCUGAUGAUCAUAGGGUUCUCCCUGGCUCAGGGCCUGCUGCUGCCGAGGUGGGUGGACAACAACAGUGACUCCAUCAAUACAGGAAAUAAAGGACUUGACCAGGUGAUCGUCAUUCUGCUGUCCACCCCUAUGUUUGUGUCAAGUUUUGUUGGCUGCACCCUUGAUAAUCUAGCUCCAGGUACUCCAGAAGAACGAGGCCUGUCAGGGUGGCGUGACAGUAUAUCAGGACAAGCAACUCAAGAUCUGUGUAAAGAUGACCCCUACAAGCUGCCAUAUAUCACCUCGCUCCUAAGCAGACUCAGCUGUUGUAGUUUCUUCCCAAUAUCUCCUUCAUACGACACUGACAUAUCAAGCAGACUUUGUCAGAGGAAGGAACGGAAGCCCUCUCGGUAUGCCCUGGACAAUCCCGUGGUGUUGAAUAACAUAGAUGCGGGUACUGUUGACCAAUAGAGUAUUAUAUAAACCUUUGGUAAUGAUAUUAAGUUUACGUAUAUAAAUACAUGCUGUCAGCAAAAGCAAAGGGAUGUACUGUUUGUUGUUCGACGUUGUG